AUGCUGAAUGCGAAAUUGGGUUGUGAGAUGAGAACAGCGAAUGCAACGACGGAUCGGUCGAAUGAUGAAGAUGCUCAAGUCGAUUUUGAAUCGGUCGAAUCGAGAUCGGAACUGAAUUUGGUGGAUAAUUCUUCGAGCAGUGACGAUGCCGAAGAGAAUGAUCGAGAAAUGGACAUUGAAGAUUUGGUCAUUCGUGAUGAAUUCAACGCGUAUUCGACCAUCGAAUCCAGUCAAAUGAAACUGCAAAAUUUGCCACAAUCAACUUCAUCGAUCACUACGAGCAAAGACCAUCAAACCCUUCAAAGAUCCCUCUCAGACAAUUCGCUCGUGUCUCGUCACCAAACGCAGCAAAACCAGCCGUCUGACUCAACUCUUGAACCAUCCAUCGUUUCAUCCUCAUUAAUCACUACUUCACCAAUCGCUUAUCGUCACAAAUCGUUAUCACCGUCACCCAACAGUAAAUACGAAUAUAAGGCAUCAAUCUGCGCACAAUCAAUAGAAAUCGAGUAUCUAUUACACAAUGCCGUCUUCUUUCUGGCAAGAUCGUCAGCACAGAAUAUCGAACUGGCCAAACAAAAGUCUUAUUGGACUACGACGAAACGUAUUGAGCAAAUCUACGACGAAACGUUUUGCAAGAAUCUGCUCGAAAGCAUUGUACCGAGGACAACCGGCAUUGUGUUGGAAGGAAUUCAGUGGUGGUGGUAA